AUGUACAAACUUCCCCCAUUGGUGCCAGUUGAUUUGGAUGUCAAACCUAUUGACAUUAUGUACACUAUUCCAAGUUACCACGGCACUACUAAUUGCAAUAACGCCGAUACUAUGUGUAAUGGUUUACCGGAGGAGACGUUUGAUCCAGCAAAGGAAAUAGAGCAUAAACAACAUGAUCUCAUUAAAUCUCUUAUGAAUCUCGGCUCGACACUUGAUAAUUUGCUGAAAGAAAUGGAAAAGGCUGGUACGUUCACUCUUGUAACUUCCACUAGUACUUGUAUUAUCAUUGCACUUGAAGUAGGUGCGAAGAAAAAAGAGAAGGUGAAGAAGGAGCCCGUGACUGGUGCUCCUUCUUCUUCUGAAAACCACGUAGCCGCGUCGAAGAAUGACACCAAGAAGGAUAAGGAAGCAAAGAAGGAAGCACGCAAGGCCGCUAAGGCGGAAGCUAAAAGCAAGGUAGGAACUGCUCCAUCGAGUGGAGCUAAAUCUGCAGUUGUUGGUUCCUCUGAUCGACAGUGGACGAUUAAUGAGGAAAAAACAACAUCUGAAACUGGACAAUCUCUCACUGCAUGUCUCCCACAAUCAUUUGUGGAGUUCGAAAGGCAAAGUUUGGGUGACAUCACGCUUACGUUUAUGCCGGAAGAUCAACCAUGGGUGGAAGCGUUAUCGAGAGUAGGCUUGAAAAGGAAUGUCGCUUUCAAGGGCGCUGUGUCUAAUGAGUGCAAGGAGCCGUCGACCACCACGAUUAAUACAUCUAUCGGAGGAAACUUUUCUGUCGUGUCCACCGGUUGCUCGUUGAAAUGUCGCACGACUAGUUGGAAACUCCUGGGCGCUGCUCUGGGUAUUUUCUCGUUUGCGUUCAACCACUCAAUUCAAGCAGCUCACCAGCACGUGUGGCUUUCGAAGGUAGACAUGGUACUAGCCGGGAAAAUGUAUAAAGAAGAGAUUAUCCGUGAAGCAAGCAGGUUUCUUUCACAGUUUGAUGCUCUUGGAUCGCAGUUCAAUUUUGGUGUAGCCGAUGUUGUUGCCAGAUCUGUAUUGAUUGGGUCUUCAACUUCUCCUCUUCCAAACAAUGUAGAGCUGUGGUCGAAGAGGCUAGAUUCAGUUAUGUGA